ACGAUCUGAUGUCCACGGAAGCACACGAUUGUCCCGUGCCCUGGCGACCCAACAAGGACCAAUUGUACUUGCUGUCAGCCCGGAAAAUGUCAUUGUGCACCGAGAUACGGCGAUAAAUGUGUUGACUGCCAUCAAAUGUGGAUGUGUUUCGACAUUCUACCAGAAUAUUUUUUGUACUCUUACCUGGCUGAGGAAAAUGGCGGCGGUUUUUGGGCGUGUAAUAACACAGGAAAUCCCCAUGAUUGGCGGCCAUUUGUAUCUUGCGUCUUUUUUGGAGAAAACUCUCAGGAAUUAAAGCCUCUUCCAAGCACAGUUGCCACGAUUCUUGGACAGGAUAUGACGUCAGAAAAUCUGUAUGGAGUCAGUAAUAACGGACUAGGUUAUGUUUAUAGCCGGAAUGGUGGCAACGAUUGGAUAUCGAUACCGAGCAGCGUCUACAUCCGGGCAUCAAACCUACCGGACUUCCGAAUGGCGACAUUCGGAUGAUCAAUAUAUCGUUUGAUAAGGCCGCAAUUAAAAAAAACUGAUGAUGAUUGAGUUUCAUGCAAAUAAAUAAUUUUGUGUAUUUAUGUAAAUUGAUAAUCACAAUAAAGAUAAAAUUUUAUCGAAAAAAUAAAUUUCAGUAGAUGUUGAUAUAAUGUAGUUGCUGCAACACUGUCUCCGUUUUAAUGAAUUCAGGAAUCUAAAUAUAAUUGACAUGACUGUAUUCUCGUGUCACUUACUCUUUAGCAUGAUCAGCAAACGAUACCGUGAUUUUAUAAUACCAGCAAAAUUACACCAUUAUAUUGAAAUCAAAGACAGCCAAAUAUUAACAGCAGCAGCCAAAAGCAACAACAACAACAACAAAAAACAAACAAAAAACAAAAACAAGAAACAAAAGCAAAAACAAACAAAAAGAAUUAAUACUGAAUACAGAUAUAAAGGCUGU